AAUAAUUUUUUGAAUAAUAAUUUCUUGCGCAGUUACUCAAAAGACGUUAUAUACUUAAUUUGAAAUUUUAUACAGCAUAUUGAUGCUUUCGGUACCAAAGGUGAAAUAAAGAUAGCACCAUUUGAGUAAUUGUUGUUGGCAUUUUUUACCCACGGCAAAACGUUAUAAACCAAAACUCUUGUUGGAAAAGAAUCAUGUAUUGCGUAUUUACCCAAAAGAUGUUAUAUCAUUAUGUAAUUUGCAAAGUAAUUCUGUUAUAUUAAUACUUCACAGAAAUCUGAUGUGUUCGAAACUGAUAUUCUGAAUUAUGAAAUUUACCAAAAAGCUUUAUCUGAAGGUGAAGAAAAUGAUAACUCCGUUCGAGUAAAUGUUGUUGGUAACUUCGCACAAGGCAAAACAUCAUUGACCAAUAUUCUUGUUGGAAAAGUAUCGGAGAGCGUUCAGAGCACCAAUAGUGUUGAAAUAAGUAGCUGUGAAUAUUCAAGUGCUCACGAAGGAGUCAAGUUUUGUUCAAAGAGAUCUUUAUUGGAUGAAAAUGAAUACCACAGACGUAUUGCUUCAAUAAUACAGAUUGGAACAGAUGGGAACAAAUCAAAUCAAAAUACAGACAAUCCUAAAUUUAAUAAAUUAAAAGAGGAAAGUGCAAAUUCGCAAGGAAAAGUCCGAAAGGCAGGAGUGAAGAAAGAUAUAAGAAAGAGCUCCCUUAAAUCAAGAGAUUAUCUUAAAGUUUCCAGGCUGCUCAAAUUGAAUCAAUGUGACCCGUUUAAUGCUGAUGGAGACCUACAGUUCUGGGAUUUUGGAGGUCAGUUUAUCUUUUAUGCAACACAUACCUUAUUUCACAGCAAGACUUCUGUUUAUCUCAUGGUUUUUGAUUUAACCAAACCGUUAUCAGCUGUUAUACAGGAUCCUGAAUUUCCAAAUGAAACUGUAGGAAAAAGCAUGCAGGAGUUUACAGAAUACUGGAUGAGAUCUAUACAUACGUACGUUGGGUCAGACGAUGGCUCACAACCUCCAGUAAUUCUUGUAGGUACUCAUAAAGACUUACUUAAAGGCGAUGAAAACAUGAGACAGAAAUUUGCAGACGAUUAUUUUGAGGAAAUUAGGAAGCUUUUUGAGGAUACGCCGAUAAUCAAUCAUAUCCAGAAAGAGGAUUUUGCUGUCGAUUGCACCAAUCCUUGUGACAGUAGUAUUGUUGAACUGCGUAAAGCAAUUAUACGUCUUGGUUCUAAUUCUAAUAAAGGGAAACUUAUUCCUGCAAGGUGGCUACCUCUUGAAAAAGAAUUGCUUGCCAAGAAGCAUAAAAAGAUAAUUCUGUAUAGCGAAGUCGUGGAAAUUGAUGCACAAAAUGAGUUUCCGCUUAAAAACAAAGAAACAAUAAAAGUAUUUCUUCUAUAUCAACAUGCAAAAGGAAACUUAAUUUACUUUGACGAAAAGCCGCUAUCAGCAUACGUUGCUCUUGACACACAGUAUGUUAUUGAUGCAUUUAGAUGUAUAAUAACAUCAGAGAGAUUUUGCAAGAAAGAACCAGCAUAUCGUCAUCUUUGGAGAAAAAUUAGACAGGAAGCAAAGUUAGAAAUGAAAUUGCUUGAAAGAAUUUGGAGUACAGAUGCUAAACACAACUUUUUGGAACACAAAUACGUGCUGCUGAUGCUUAUGCAAAGGCAUCAUAUCAUUUCCGAGGCCUUGAGUUAUGACGACGAAACAGAAGAGACAAAAGGACUAGGGUGGUAUGUUGUACCAUGCUUUCUCCGUUCAUAUAAAACUAAUGAUGCUCUCAAAAAAUUCGUCACUGGAAGUCAACAGACGAAGCUAAAGUUUGUAAUGUCAUUUUAUAUCUCUCCUGUUGUGCAAAUAGUGUUUUAUCGGGUCAUUGCAGCUUUGGUUGGAAAAUGGGAGAUUGUUUCCAUUAAAUUUCCCAAACAAGAGAAGCAGGUGUUACUCUAUGAAAAUCUUGGUGUAUUCAAAAUAGACCGUCAUCAUGUCGGUAUAAUUGAACUUCACCAAGGUUUCAUUGAAUUACGUGUCCAGAACCGUUGUAAUUCGGGUGUUAAUGCUGCUAUAGUCGACUUGUUUCGACGUUUUGUGGUUUCAAACGUCACAAACGAAUUUCGAAAACACAGGCAUGCAGCAAUAAAGCAAGGGAAACCUUUUGAUAUAUGCUUUAAGUGCAACGACAAAAGUCAUUGCUUUGAGGGAAGUCAACAAAUAGUGUCACUGGAAGAACUUAAAGAAACAAUGGUUGAACCAUGUCCAGAUAGUUUGACCGGCCAUACAAUAUGUACACGGCAAGCACUUUCUGAAUGGUAUCAAGACUACCAGAACAUAAGAUUGAAAACAGAUUAUGUCUUAGAAGAGAAAUACCUCAGCAAACUAUCUAAAACAAUAGGUGAAAAUUGGCACGUGCUUGGUCAUGAACUUGGUUUACACGACGUAAAAAUAGAACAAAUAGAAUUGGACAACAAAUCAACAAUUAGAAUGAUAUUUAAGAUGCUUCAGAAAUGGUCUGUUCAGAAGGAAGACAAUGCCACCUUCAAUACACUUAUACAAGCCAUGAAAACAGCUAUUGAAAAAUAUGUUGACUGGGAUGAAGUGCGGAACAUCGUAGAGGAAAUAGAAUCCAAAAUAUAGCAUCGAUUAUCACAACAUACAAGUACUGUAUACGGAAACUAAAAGACAGAAUAUGGCAAUGACGUUCUUGCUCAGAUAAGGUUAAAGUCAUCCUGCUUCUUAUUGGACUAUCAAAAAGUAUAUUGAAAAAACGUAUACAAGAUUUUGAGGAAACUUAACGUUUUCAACAGAAUAUGGUGAUGUCGUUGGAAAUUAGAUAAUAAUAAUAAUAAUAAUAAUAAUAAUAAUAAUAAUAAUAAUAAUGAUAAUAAUAAUAACAUCUAAAAUAGCUUCUCAAUUAUUAUUUCAUUAUCUUAUCCGUUUUAUUUUCGUUACUGUUUGUGAAAAAUGUAAACCUCAGUACAAAUUGAUGUGCGAUCUAUAUAUUAUAUCUAAUAACUUUCUUAUUUUUCUAUUUACUUGAUGAUAAAUAUUUAAGAAAAUUAAUAUAUUUUUUGUAUUGAUUGAUAACUUUACAACAUCUUAAAUAUGUUGAUGUUUUGUUGUAAUGAAAAUGUAGAAAGAAAGCUUUAGCUUAUUAUCAUGUUUAUCAAAUAUCAGCUGCACGAAUAACGGGGGUUUCCUUGCCUUAAAAUUAUUCACGUGACUAAACAUUAGACAACAAAAAGUAAAAUACGUCUGUUGUAAUAGUACUCGCAAAAUAUUGGGUAAAUACCCAUCAUGUUUGUAUUUUACUAUUAACGGAAAUUUGUAUUAUAUUAAAUAAAUUUAACAGUUUUUGUGUCGAAAAUCAUUCCAACAGUACCUUAAUGAAAUAAGAUAAUUGUUGUUUGUUGGACUAGGUACCAUAUUUGUGUGUUUUAGCAAUUAUCCAUGUUUUUGUUAUAUCUCUCAAAGCAGCUUGUUGAAGGUUGUUUUUAUCAUGACGUGCUUUUAAUAAUGAUUUUAUGUGAUUUUUUAAACAAAUAUUAAGCUGUGAAAGUUGAUAUAAAUAAAUUGUUAAAGUAACAUGCCUCAAGAUCCAUACAACUUUUUUGAAAAUUAUUUAAAGAAAACAAAGGCAUUAUUUACAUAUUGUCCGUGCACUUACGCACUUAUGGUCUUUACCAUUAAAGAGGUCAAGAUAAGAAAGAAAAGCGUUAGUCACGCAGCUGAAGUAUUGCGAUAAAUACUGCAAAUGCGGUCUUUAAACCCACAUUAUAUGUAUAAAAGUACGUGAAUCUUGAAUCUUCUAAUUUUUAUUUUCAUUUAUCUCAAGAUCAAUUUUCUUGAAAUAUUUUGGCUAGUUUGGAAACAUGAAACUUUAUUUGUUUUAUAAAACUUGUAUUGUUAAUUUGAUAGCAAUGUUUUUUAUAAUACUAAUUCAUUGUAUUACUUACCUGUUAAUUUAUUUGUACUAAGUGAAUAUCAUUUGAAACAUUUAAAACAUAAUUAAACUCAGCAUAAGUCGUUAUUAUAUCGUUUAUCAAUUUUUUAGUAUCUAGUUUCUCUUUCAUCUUUUAAACUCUAAAUAAAUAAUAUACUUUGGCUGAUGUUUUUUUUUAUUAUCGAAGUACUAAAGGUAAAAUUAACAUACAUUUGGGCGAGUGAAGAACUAUAUCAAAAGAAAUCCUAUUUUCUUUAUGUUUCCUCACUACCUUUAAUAUAUUACGAUAACAAUCAGUCUAAAAAUAGCAUAAACAUACGAUUUUCGAGUAUAUUGCUUAAUUAUCUUGACACAUCUAUUUUCUAUAGUGCCCCAGCUAAUCUAUGAAAGAAAAUUAGGUGUUAUGUAUUUAGGCUUUUUCGUCAGUGGAGUUUCUUUAAUGAACUCAAAGCUUUGUUUAUUAUGAUAAUUUUGUCCAGUUAUUUAUUGAUUAUAUAUGUGCUUUAUAGAUUUGUGUGUUUUAAUGAUUAUUAUCAUAUGAUGAUGCAUUUAAAGGAUUAACAUAGUUAUAGUUAUGCUUACACUAUAUUUUUAUGAUGUCAAAAUGUUUACAUAUGCCAUGCUAAUGUUCAUAACCAUAAACCUUUGUAUUCAUAUUGCAAGUUACUCAUUUCACUACAUUAUUUAUUUCGAAAUUCUUCAUGGGAUUUGACAAAUUUUACCAUAUGUUGUCUAACAUAAUCAUGUGUACAAAAGUUAAAUUAAAGUCAAAACUACCAUCUCAGAAGCUAGUGAAAUGUGAUACGAUUGUAACAAAUAUUAAAUAUGUUUUGCGUAAAAGUGAUAUCAUUCAAAUAUAAAGAGUCAUUUUAGCAGUGUUGUGUACAUGUGUUACAUAUAUAUUGAAACCGUAUUUUAGCAAGUUAUUUUAUAUUAUCCUUUUUUGUUCCUGAAUUUAUUUAAAUAUUGAUUUUGGUUAUGCUUUAAUUUUUCACGUUAUCUGUAAAUACUGUAUGAUUACAACGUUUUAUUUAAAAUACUGGCAAUGUUCUUUUAAACAUGUUAAAGAACCAAAUUAAUUUGAUAACUAAUAAAUGCAGUUUCCCAAACAUAGUAUGUGCUUUUCAUUUUUUCAAUGAGAUAUAUUCAGUAAGAGUUCAUUAAACAAAUGAUUGCAAUAAGAGUAUUUUAUCUAACUGAUGAACACAUUAUAUCUUUAUACACAAAACGAAUUUUUUGUAUGACAUUGUUUUGUCGUUUUAUUUUUUUCUUGUUCUUGGUGGAAUAAAUGAAAAUGAAUGUGAUGUCAUUCAUGAUUAUAUGUAUCACGAAAGAAAAUUAAAUAUAAUCGUAUUGUCAGUCGUUUCUGUUGAUUCUAGUUGUUGAGAUGUAUUUAUAUUUUUUUAAUUUAACUGAUGCAAGGGUCAUCCCUAAAAUUCACUGAACACCAACAUUUGUAUGAUUAUAUAAAGGCUGUAAAUGUCAUCAUGUCAAUAAGUAGAAUUCAAUUUCAAUUUUCAAAUUGUCAUGUUCACACCAAGUUACCAUGGCAAAACCAAGUCAUCGUCUACAGAACAUUAAGCGAUAUAUUUUGUGAAGUUAAUGGGCUAUAAAAAUGUAGGCCAAUGCACAUAAUUACGUUAGACUUUGGAAAAAAUAUGUAAUGUUGAUCGUGUUUUUAAAGUUUUACAUUUGUAAAGCAAAACAUCAUUUUGUCAUACAGUUUAAAUAAGUAUGUACUUUUUUAAAAAAGACAGUAAAUUUCUGUUAGCAUCUAGAUAAACGGCACGCGAUAUUCGGCUGAGGCCAUUUGUUUCUUUAUUUGUUGGUUCAUUUUAGAAGUCAUUUCAUUUUGAAACAAUUUCUUUAAAGCUAGGCAUGGAACAUUUAGUCAUUUAUUUGUUUAUAUGUGUUUGAGUUUUUUCUUAUUCUUUUGCUAAUGAUAUAAUACUGCUGAACAUGAAUAUAAUAUGCUGAACAAAGCUUUGUAUUUUGACAUUUGAUGACCAUUAACCCUUUUAUUCAAAUGAAGAAAUGCUAACGAUAUUUGCUGUACGGAAAAAUCGGAAAUUUUGAUAACUUAUGAGCUGACACCCUUUUUGUUAUCUCCUUUAGUUUGUUUGAUUAAUUUUUGGUUUGUUUUUCUUUGUUUGUUGUUUGUAUAAUUAUGAUACUGACUUUAAAGUCGAAUAUGAACAUUGCCUAAAUUUAAUUAAAUAGUAUUUAAUUGAGAUAAUACAUUGACGGCAUCACAUUAAAAGUGAUAGUGCCACAUUGUCGUAUUGGUAAUUGAUAGAAAUAUAAAUACAUUUUUUGGUGAAGGUGUUUUCAAAUAUUUAAUUUCUGUAAUCAAUGAGAAUAAAAACGCUGAUAUAUU